GAUUUAUUUUUAUGUAACACACGGUCCAUGACUGCCAAAGCAGAAGUGCUAACCUAUGUGUUGUUGUUGUCUCUUCUCUGCUCGCUGUAGUUUUGUGUUGUAGCUGUCAUUUUGAUGUGAUGUGAUGUCAGAUAAGCGUCAGCGUGCCAGAGUCCAGGGCUCCUGGGCUAAACAACUGCCCAAACACUCAGGACCAACAGGUGCCGUCACAAACCACCAACAACCCAAAAGUGUCAAUCCAGUCCCUGUUUCUUGGGGAUCUGGGCCCCAGAAUACACCUAAGACAUUUGAGUUUCACCAGCCUGUUAAGCCAAUUAGAGAUGUUCCACCAGAGAAGUUAAUUGAACAGGCAGGUGAUUAUGAGAUCAGCCACAGGCCAUCAGGAGUGUCCAGACUGCAGCUGCUGCCUGGGUUUCUUCCGCUUGAAGAGGCUGACUGGAUGUUCAGUAAGCUGUUAGCAGAGCUCCCUUGGUCCCAGAAGACCAACUACAGACAGGGUGAGGCAUACGACGAGCCGAGGCUGACUUGCUGGUAUGGAGAGUUGCCCUAUACAUAUGCUCGCUCCACCAUGGCUGCUAACACACAGUGGCAUCCAUUGCUGUUAACCCUUCGCGAGGCAGUGGAGCAGGUGAGCCAAUGCAGCUUCAACUCACUGCUGUGUAACCUGUAUCGGGACGGCCAUGACAGCAUCGGCUGGCACAGUGACGAUGAGGCGUCCUUGGGUGCCAAACCCACCAUUGCCUCCCUCAGUCUGGGUGACACCAGAGUGUUCAGCCUCCGCAAGCAGCCUGUACCGGAGCAGGAUGGUGACUACACUUAUGUGGAGCGGAUCCGGGUUCCUUUGAGUCAUGGGACACUUCUGCUGAUGUCAGGAGCCACGCAAGACGAUUGGCAGCAUCAAGUGGCUAAAGAGUACCAUGACCGAGGCCCACGGAUCAACUUGACCUUCAGAACUAUCCACGCAGAGCCGGAGGGCUACAGGGCGGGGACCAAGCUGCAAUUCACAGCCAAGAAACCGUAAACUCCCCUCAGAGUCAGGUACUUGCAGUCAGGUUGAGUAAACUGUGUCUAGUGGUUCUGCAUUUAACUCACUGAUCCACACAGUACUUGAUGUGGUGGUUGCAGUGUAAACAAGACUUACGCUAAUGAAUGAUAGAGUUUUCAUACAUUUCAUCUGUUCAGAGUCUUGCUCACACAUCACUGAGUGUAUGUAUGAAUAACAGCUUCCUCCAACUUAAACAGGGAGAUCUGCAGCUCUGUCUGGUUUCACCUGUUGCAUAAACAAACCAUAAUAACACCACAGCAUUGUGUGAUUAUGAGAUAUAAGUGUUUUUAGAGACGCUCAGCACUAAAAUGGGUGAUAAUGAAAGCUUCAAGGCUUUCAUAAAAUGUCAGCUCUGCAUAUUACUUUGACUUUAUUUAUUUAUUAAGCACAGACAGUUGUUUAUGUUUAUUUCAGACAAUAAUUUGAUAAAAUCUUCGGUUAGUAUGCUAGGAGAUUGCCUCUCAGAAAUCCACACUGAGAUGUUGCUGAGCAAGGCCCUUAAUCCCACACUGCUGUAGUUGCUAACACAAAGUUUGGUUGAAAUUAGAACCUCCCAGAUAGCAAUGUCAGACAUUGUGUAAACAGAUUGCAUGUUGAGUCACUCAUAUGUAAGUUUUUUUUUUGUUUGUUUGUUCUCUUUGCCAUGCUGUCAUUUUGAUCCACAUGACAUGUCAUUAAAGUCACUGUGACGUUUGGUGAAAUUCCCUGAAAAUAAUUUCCUGCCUUGUUAAUUUUGUUAGUUAGUUUAGUUAGAAACCAAUCAGUCCUGUAUGUUGUCCAUUGACGUCACUGACGUCAGAGCUGUUUCAAUAUGAAUACUAGUUCUAAAAAUUUCAUUGGAACCUUUAUUUGUUAAAUGUAGAAAUGAAGAAAACUUUUUCAUUGUUUCUAGAAAAUAACCCCUUUUAUACACAGAUGUUAUAUAUAAUACAUAUGUUGCAUUGCUGGAUUUAUCUUUCUGUUGAAAUUAUAACUUGGUGCAAGGAUCUGAAUUUAUAAAAGACAUCAUAUAAAGCAAACAAAAUCAAGCGUGCUAUGAAUAAACUACAAACAACCUAGAGACAUCAAACAAAAAUAAUGUCCCAUGUUCCCCACUGAAGGGAAGCACUGCAAAAUUAUUGUUUUGAGAUUCCUGUGAAUUUAAUGUAAUGGUAUGGCCGUUUGGCCUUUACAUACGGUAUACUUCCAGGAAAAGUUCCAUAUUGAUUUUGUUCAAACGGGACAGAUAAGACAACAACACUCACACCAUUGGCAUAUUUGGCAGAUUACCAGAGCGACUUUGGAGUCUAUUCUAACAUGACAUUGACAUUUAUAUUUGCUUUAAAUGUCUUAAGGGGGGAUACACACUACUUUUUUAAGAGAUGCAAGAGGUGUUGUUAAUUGCUGUGGUUCUGAAAUAAACAGUUACUUCUCUUGA